AUGGUCGCGAGUAUGGCGCCCCGUUCCAUCGCCCUUCUCGCCUUCCUUGGGCUACUUGCUCUCGCUCACGCCCAGAAGGCUCCAGGCAAAAACAGGCGCCAAAGUCCAUAUGACCAGUCAUGGGAUUGGGAACCUGUAACUUCGAAGCCGACUGACGAGUUCGGCGAAGGCGAGCCCGUUCACGAAAUUGACGAAUCAUGGGACUGGGAAGUGACGACUCUCCAAGCAGCGGACGAGUUUGGCGAAGGUGAACCCGUUCACGAAACCGACGAAUCCUGGGAGUUCGGCGAGUCGUCGUCCGACGCAUUUGGAGAAGGCGAGCCUGUGCACGAAACCGACGAGUCUUGGGACUUCGGCGAAAGCUCUGGUAACUCCUUUGGCGAAGGUGCACCAGUUCAUCAGACCGACGAGAUGUGGGGAUUCGACGAAGGCCUCGCCGGCGACUCCUUCGGCGACGGGGAGCCGAUGCACGAGAUGGACGACGCGUGGGCGAUUGGCGAACCCGUCGUGAACGACGAGUUUGGCGAAGGCCAACCUCGGUCGCAGCUGGGUUCGUCGCAAUGCACGAAGUCUUCGCUUCCGAGUUACAGCUGCUCCGCUGAACUCAAGGGCAAAGACUACAUCCUCCACUGGACCGUCGGCAUCAACUCCGUCGCUUACGCCGCCGAAGUCGCGACCACCGGCUGGGUUGCCCUUGGCUGGUCCAAGGACGGCAAGAUGGCCGGCAGCGACGCAGCCAUUGGCAAUUUGCCACCUGGCACCAUCACUGACACUGCGAACGGCAACCCGGCGCACAUUGGCGCUUAUUAUAUUGGCGCGAAGAGCGCGGCGAGCAUUGUGCCGAACCCGCGUCUCGGACUGUCGUUGACUGCCGUGACUACUCGCGACGGCAAGACCAUUGUCGAAUUCGAGAGGGAAUUGGCUUCGGGCAAAGUUCCCCUUUUCCUUGAUGCUGCUGCCAACGUCAUUUGGGCUUUCUCCGACUCCAAUUCGAAUGAUUUGAAGUAUCACGGUGCCAACAGGGGUUCUGCGAGGGUUGGAUAUAACAAUGGCACAACUACAAUUACCACCACUCCAGUUCCCACCACAACCUACGGAAAUUCCGCGUCGUUUAUCGCACACGGCUUUUUCAUGACUUUCGCGUUCGCUAUCCUGAUGCCAUCUGCCAUCAUAAUAGCGCGUAUGUUCCUCGCAGCGGACCACAUUUCGGACCCGCUGUUGCACAGCACGAGCGGUGACGCGAACGGUUUGGCUGCUGGGCUGACCGCGAGCCUUUCCGAACAGGACGAAGCGCGACGGGCCCUGUGGUUCAAGGCGCACAUGAUCCUGCAGAUCGUAGCCGUUGUUUUUGUUUUCACUGGCGCGGUGAUUGCUCUGGUUACCAGUGGCACUCGCGGAUUGGAUUACCUUCACGGGCAGCUGGGACUGGCGAUGUUUAUCAUUGUGCUGGUUCUUCCCGUUGGCGGGUUCGUGAAGCCUUCGCGAAACUCCAGUUACCGUGUGUUCUGGCGCUUCGGCCACUGGUUCGUGGGGAUUGUCGCGGUGGUGCUGGGUUGGGUGAACGUGUUUCUCGGCCUCGACCGCUACACCACAAUGUUCUCUGGAAACCAGAAGGCUUACCUGAUUAUCAUUGGGAUUGCCAUCAGCGCAUUCGGCCUCUUCUACAUCGUGCUUGUCAUCCGCGAUUACCUCUUCAAGCCAAAGUCCGAGGACAACCAGUUCAAGGCAUCAGCAGCUGCUCCUGCCAACGGUGCAGGAGAUGUGUAG